AUGAGUUUAAAACAACAAACAAAAGCUUCACUUGUUGAAAUGUGUCGCGACCUUAAUGUCAAUGAAGAAGGAACCAAACCAAUUCUUGAAGAAAAAUUAGCUCAACAUUUUGAUAAUCAUCCAGAAUUAGAAAACCAUCAAUAUUAUAGAAAAUUCUAUAUCUUUAGACAAAAAAAUUCACCAACUAAAGAAGCUUCAACUAAUGUAUACAAGAAUGACAUUACUUCUUCACCAUCUUAUAAAGUUAUACCUCAAUUGAAUGAUGGAUUAAGAUCAUCUCCUGAUAAAGUCUUAAACAUUAGAAGAAACUUGAAAAACAAAUCAAGUCCUUAUAAAUCAGCUGUUGAAGAUGAAGCUUCAGAAUUAGUUGAAGAUGAAGAACAAGAUGAUGAUGAUGAAGAAGAGAAAGAUGAUGAAAAAGAAGACGACGAAGAAGAAGAUGAUGAUGUUGAAUUAUUGAAUGAAGACGGAACUCCUGCCAAUGAAGAUGAUGAAGAAGCUGAUGGUGAAUAUAAACCAAAAUUUGAAUUUUUAACUAAAAUUCAAGAUUGGUUCAUUGAAACUUAUGAAUCAACUUAUGAUUAUUUAGAAGAUCAAAAAGAAGAAUUUAUUUACUCUACUGUUAAAUUUAACAAUGAUACCAGAAAGAAAUUAAGUUCAGUUCAAGCUGUUAAUUUCUUUAUUCAAAGUUUAGAAUUAGGUUUAUUAACUUAUCAACAAGUUCCAUUAAUUCAAAUUAGUGAAGCUCCAUUUUUAAGUCAAGAAAUUAUUUCUAAAUAUAAAUUUAUUGAUCAAUCAUGGAAAAUUUUUGAUUUAAGUGCUUUAAUACAAUUUAAAUUUAUUUUAAUUGUUUUAACUUGGUUUACAUUUUCAAUUGGUAUUCCAUUAUUUGUUUCUCAUUAUGUUAAUUUCACUACAAAGAAAUUCAAAAAACAAAGAUUUGAUCCAUUAAUUUUCAAUAUUGUUAAAUUAAUUAUAAGUUAUCUUGUUUAUUCUAAAACUAUUUCAUUCCAAGAUAUUAAAGAUGAUACUGCAGUUUGGGCUGAUGAACAUGGAUUACUUCAAGCUACAUUAUAUGAAAAAAUCAAUGCUCAUUUUGUUCAUAAUUCAAUUACAUUAAACUUAGUUUUAGGUAAUAUUCCAUUUAUUGGAUCAAGUGUUGGUAUUUUAGUUGCCUUAUACGUUGCAAGUCUUGCUUAG